ACCAUCUGUCGACCGGAGGUUUCCAGUAGAUCUGCCGAGUACCUUCCACGGGAACUCUAGACCUCCGCUCUGUCCUUACUCAUUCCCGACACCUAGCGGCUUCAUUUCCUCUUCUUGAGAACGCGAACCAGGACGGUGCGGACCGGAUUGAGAAACGUCCGCGAGAAGGCGGGGGCAAGAUAUAAUGAGGCUGCUACGCGGACAGGGAGAAGCGCCUGGAAUAUCAGCAUAAGCAACGACUGCGUUGGCUACAUCGCCGGCGAUGGUCCCAGAACCCUUCAUCUCAGAUUCCUGUACUCGGCCGGCCUUCUUGAAUCCGAACACACCGUACCGACGCCCGACGCGCGCGGCCCACUCCUGGCCGUCAUCCAUCCAGUGAGAGCAUCUCUGCACCAUCCAAUUGUCUGAAUCCGAGGGAAUGGCGGCGACGACGCGGUCUCCCACUCCCAGCGUGCGCGCGCCGUAGAAGAUACCAACCAGAGGUACCAGUGCUGUAAUUUCGUGCAGGAUGCCAAACGAGAGUAUGAGUGAAGACAGUGGCGCGCCGGUGCGCGCAGAGACUGAUUUCAGAGCCUCCCGAUAACGGUCCAAAGCAGACAUCGGUAUUGGUCACAGUCUCACAGACGGACUCCAGGCUCGUGACGGCGAAUUAGGGUUGCACGUGAUGAGGAAUUUUGCCAUCCGGUUCUCCGAACCCAUUACUGCGUACCCCGCCACUGGCUGCCUCAGGCUCCAGCCAUGUUGACUAGGAAUAUUGUUCGGCGCUGCAUCUCGACUCAGGGGUCGACGCGUGCACUAUUGUCCUAUUCCUCGUCGCGCGCCAACUCGUCCCAAUUCCCGCACAAUGCUAUGCGUCUGCAAACAACACCUCAGAAAGAAACAGCGCAGUAUCCCGAAUGGAACCACAUUCAGGGCUGGAGGAAUGUCGUCUUACGUACCUCCACGCGGAUAUCCUCCCCCGUCGACGCCCUUGCCCUCGUUCGGGCGGUUCAACAACAAUUCGGUCGUGUGGCUGAAUAUCGGUUCAACCGGGACGGAGAAGACCGCGGCCAGUACCAAUUCAUGGCGUAUCUCUCGUUUCGUGACUACGAGUCGUAUGCUCGCGUGCCGGAAGAACCUGUUCAGUUUCGAAUCCGGGUCCCCGUGGGCGAACGAGAUCUGCUCUCGGGAGGCGUCGGUCUGGAGGACUUGGCCCCAUGGCUGGAUUCGCUGCAGGGGCAGGACGGAAUCGUUGAUGCAGAGGUGGAAACUCAGUUCGAUAACAAUGAAAAAGCGCCAGAGGGCUCGAGAUUCAUUGUGUUCGUCGUUCAAAGAAACCAGGGACGCUUCCAAACUUCGCAUUCAUCACCGCCCUCCUAUAACUCUCGCUUCCACAACAGUCUCACGCGCAGCUUUCUGAGGUGGCGAGGAUUUGCGGACCUUCCUGAUUUGGACGGAGACGUACAACUUGACCGCCGAUUCAUGUGGAUGGAUGGCGCGCCGGUUGACCACCCGCAUAUGCGGCACCAACUAUCGAUAUGGGGCGAUCCGUACGCUCUUUCGCCGCGACCAAAGCGACCCGAGCUCGUGCCCCAAUCUACCAGUGUUCCCGAGUCGGCGCUUCCCUGGAUGAACGUUCAGUCCUCCGAUCCAUCCGUAGAAGAAUCUCGGGAGACACACCCUGAGGUCGACAUUCCGGCAGCUGCACAGGUAUCGGAAGUAACUGUCGAUCUUCCAGCAGUUUCACUGGAAUCGGAAGCACAUACCGAUCUCCCGCCAGCUGCACUGGAUUCGGAAGUAACUACCGAGAUUGUGACCGAGCAAGAGAUCGCGCUGGAAGCCGAGCCGGAGCCUUCAGCGGCUGAGCUGGAACAACAGCAGGCUGUAGAUCUUGAACUGGCCCAGAGGAAUAUGGAUGAGCAGCAGAGAAUCAGGGAGAAACAAGCUGCUGUCGCUGCUACCAAUCGUCGCAUGCAAGUCCGGGCUGCCCGAAGUGUUCCGAAAUCGCUCGAAGAGAAAUCAACCAAGGCCGAGAAACCACUGAACAAGGUCGAACACCAAAAGAAGUCACAGCCACACUCGAAGCCUUCCUCUUUGUCUCAAAAUUCCAGGGUUCCUCCAACCGUUGGCUCAAAACCGAAGUCUUCUCCCUUACCCCAAAGGCCCCGGAUAUCUCCAACGACGGUCAGCUCGAAACCGAAGCCUCAGGAGCCGAUCGUGGAGCAGCCCGACACCAGCCGCAUCGAUGUCGAGGAACGGCAGGCGGGGAUGACGUCUAGACUAAAAACCUUUGUUGGCAAAUGGAUUUAGUAGAGCAUUGAAAUCAUUUCAUCCCUCAA